AUGAAAUUGCACAAAAUGUAUUCUACUAUUAAUGAAACUUCCAUUCAAAAUCACCCUCUGAGAUUUGAUGUAGAAGAAAACAGACUGAAGAGAUUAUAUGACUCAUUAAGUAAAAAUAAUUCAGUGAAAACAUUUCUCAGCUAUGGAUCUCAGAAAAUUUAUAUACCAAAGAAAUUUUCUAAAUGUUAUGCUUCAAAAUGUACACUUAUCACCGGAAUGGAAAGAUGGCGUGAAGCUGAUGCACUUAUUUUAACAAAAGAUGAACAACCAAAUGGAAUUCGACCAAAUGGACAAUUAUGGUUUAGUCUAACACAUGAAUCUCCUAAACAUAUAUCAUUGGCAAACACACUAGAAAAUGAGUGA